UGGUCCGGAGACAGUGGGAAGGCGCGGGGCUGGGAGGCCGCGGCGGGAGGGAGGAGCAGCCCCAGCAGGCUCAGCGCUUAUGCCCCGCCUCUGGUGGCUGCCUAAAACCUGGCGCCGGGCUAAAACAAACGCGAGGCAGCCCCCGAGCCUCCACUCAAGCCAAUUAAGGCGGACUCGGUCCACUCGGUUACGUGUACAUCCAACAAGAUCGGCGUUAAGCCGCCGCCGAAUCAUGUCGAUGAGUCCAAAGCACACGACUCCGUUCUCAGUGUCUGACAUCUUGAGUCCCCUGGAGGAAAGCUACAAGAAAGUGGGCAUGGAGGGCGGCGGCCUCGGGGCUCCGCUGGCGGCUUACAGGCAAGGCCAGGCGGCACCACCGGCCGCGGCCAUGCAGCAGCACGCCGUGGGGCACCACGGCGCCGUCACCGCCGCCUACCACAUGACGGCGGCGGGGGUGCCCCAGCUCUCGCAUUCCGCCGUGGGGGGCUACUGCAACGGCAACCUGGGCAACAUGAGCGAGCUGCCGCCUUACCAGGACACCAUGCGGAACACCGCCUCGGGCCCCGGAUGGUACGGCGCCAACCCAGACCCGCGCUUCCCCGCCAUCUCCCGCUUCAUGGGCCCGGCGAGCGGCAUGAACAUGAGCGGCAUGGGCGGCCUGGGCUCGCUGGGGGACGUGAGCAAGAACAUGGCCCCGCUGCCAAGCGCACCGCGCCGGAAGCGCCGGGUGCUCUUCUCCCAGGCGCAGGUGUACGAACUGGAGCGACGCUUCAAACAACAGAAGUACCUGUCGGCGCCCGAGCGCGAGCACCUGGCCAGCAUGAUCCACCUGACCCCCACGCAGGUCAAGAUCUGGUUCCAGAACCACCGCUACAAGAUGAAGCGCCAAGCCAAGGACAAGGCGGCACAGCAGCAACUGCAGCAGGACAGCGGCGGCGGCGGCGGGGGCGCCGGGUGCCCACAGCAGCAGCAAGCGCAGCAACAGUCGCCGCGCCGCGUGGCGGUGCCGGUCCUGGUGAAAGACGGCAAACCGUGCCAGGCGGGCGCCCCCGCGACUGGAGCAGCCAGCCUGCAAGGCCACGCGCAACAGCAGGCGCAGCAGCAGGCGCAGGCCGCUCAGGCGGCGGCGGCGGCGAUUUCAGUGGGCAGCGGCGGCCCCGGCCUGGGUGCACACCCGGGCCACCAACCGGGCAGCGCGGGCCAGUCGCCGGACCUGGCACACCACGCCGCCAGCCCUGCGGCGCUGCAGGGCCAGGUCUCCAGCCUGUCCCACCUGAACUCCUCGGGCUCGGACUACGGCACCAUGUCCUGCUCCACCUUGCUAUAUGGUCGGACCUGGUGAGAGAACGCUGGGCCGUGCCUAGCCCAGCACGCUGCCUCAUCGCUUCCCCUUCUGCCCGCCACACACUCCAACCACCUGCCGCUCCAUGCGCUUCGACUUUUCUUAAGAACCUGUCCGGUUUAGACCGAGGGAAAAAACACAAAGGCC